AUGACCGCGACUACUACCACUACCACUACGACUACUACUACUACACCCACACUUCCUCCUGAUUUCCUCUGGGGUUUUGCAACUGCCAGCUACCAGAUCGAAGGGGCCUUCGACGAAGAUGGCCGUCUGCCUUCGAUAUGGGACACUUUCAGCAAGACACCUGGUAAGGUCGAGGACGGGACCAAUGGCGAUGUCGCCUGCGACUCGUACCACCGUACCAGCGAGGACAUUGAGAUAUUGAAGAAGUACGGUGCCAAAAUCUAUCGCUUCUCGUUGUCCUGGCCACGUAUCAUCCCUCUCGGUGGGCGAAACGACCCCGUCAAUGAAAAGGGCCUGCAGUUCUACUCCAAGUUCAUUGAUGACUUACACGCUGCGGGCAUCGAGCCCUUCGUCACUCUCUUCCACUGGGAUCUGCCCGACGAGCUGAUGAAGCGGUAUGGAGGCAUGCUCAACAAGGAAGAGUUUGUGGCCGACUACGCCAACUAUGCCCGUGUCGUCUUCAACGCGCUCGGCUCGAAGGUCAAGAAAUGGAUCACUUUCAACGAGCCGUGGUGCAGUUCCGUGCUCGGCCACAACACUGGCAAGCACGCCCCCGGGCGGACGAGCGAUCGGACGAAGAGUCCCGAGGGAGACGGCACUCGCGAACCUUGGAUCGUGGGCCACAACCUUCUCGUGGCUCAUGGUACCGUUGUGGACAUCUAUCGGAGAGAGUUUAAAGAGAAACAGGGUGGAGAAAUCGGAAUAACCCUCAACGGCGACUGGGCCGAACCAUGGGAUCCCGAAAACCCAGCAGAUGUCGAAGCCUGCGACCGAAAGAUCGAAUUCGCCAUCUCGUGGUUCGCGGACCCGAUCUACCACGGCAAAUACCCGGACAGCAUGGUGAAGCAGCUGGGCGACCGUCUGCCGAAGUUCACGCCCGAAGAAAUCGCCCUCGUGCACGGCAGCAACGAUUUCUACGGCAUGAACCACUACUGCGGAAACUACAUCCGCAACCGGACCGGCGAACCAGACCCGGAAGACACCGCCGGCAACCUGGACAUCCUGAUGGAGGACAAAAACGGCAACCCCAUCGGCCCUGAGACCCAAUGCGAGUGGCUGCGGCCGUUCCCGCUGGGGUUCAGGAAGCUUCUGAAGUGGCUCGCAGACCGGUACAACAACCCCAAGAUCUACGUGACCGAGAACGGGACGAGCGUCAAGGGCGAGAGCGACCUGCCGCCAGAGGAGGUAGUGAACGAUGAGUUCCGAGUGCAGUACUACCGGGAUUAUAUCGGCGCGAUGGUGGAUGCUGUUGCACAGGAUGGGGUCAAUGUCAAGGCUUAUAUGGCUUGGAGUUUGUUAGACAACUUCGAAUGGUCUGAAGGCUACCGGUCCAGAUUCGGAGUGACCUACGUCGACUACAAGAACGGGCAGAAGAGGAUCCCGAAGAAGAGUGCUCUUGUCAUCGGGGAGUUGUUCAACAAGUAUAUCAGGAAGGAGUAG